AUGGAAAAGGCUACGGCUUGUCGUGUGCUGUGUUUCUGUGUUGGUGAGUUGACGGAUUUGCUUGUUUCCGAGAUUGAUCAGGUUGUUCAUACACUGAUUCCAUUUUUGAAAUGGUACCAUGAUCCACAUGUGGAAUGUUAUUAUCCCAAAGCAUUUGCAAAAGCUGCUGCUUUGAUUCCAUUUCUGAAAUGGUAUCAUGACCCACCUGCGGAAUGUUAUUAUCCCACUGCAUUUGCAAUAGCUGCUGCUUUGAUUCCAUUUUUGACAUGGUAUGCACCGGUUCCUUAUUAUGCCAAAGCAAUUGGAAUAGCUGCUACUUUGAUUCCAUUUUUGAAAUGGUAUCAACAUCCACCCGUUGCUGAUGCACUGGUUCCACCUCUGGAACGUUAUAAUGCCAAAGCAAUUAGAAUAGCUGCUGCUUCAGUCAUGCCAAAGAUACUGAAUUCAGCUAGAGAAGUUGUAGAAUUCAGCGACCCGGCGGAAUAUGAUCAAAAUAUGCAAUACGUCGAGAUGUCAUCUGAUAAGGUCAAACUUGCUUUAGAGGAAGCUUUAGAUGUGGAACCUCACAAGAAAGUUCGUUUAGAAAUGUUGGAUUCUUUGAACAACAAUUAG